AUCAAAGAUCAAAGGUACCAUCUCGUGUAGAAGGGAAAUGUGAUGGCAACAACCAAAGUCCAAAUAUAGGUGAGUCCAGAGUAGAUGUCAUCCGUUGUCUACAGAGUAAGGUCUAUAAAUGUAUAGUGGCCGACUGCAAGUGGAGGUUUAGGACAGAGAGCCCUGCACAGUUACAAAUGCAUAACCUCACAUAUCAUGCAGGCAUUGUUGAGAACAUCUUGAAGGACAAAUUAAAACUGGGAAAAAGAAAAAGAAAACUCUGGCCAAGUGACAAACAAAAUGAAUCACAAAGUACAUUACAAAUGAUGCAUGGAGAUUCUAUGCUGAAUCUGCAAGAUCCCAAGCAGAGUAUGCAAGGAGAUUCCAUGCAUAGUAUGCAAGAUCCCAAGCAGAGUAUGCAAGGAGAUCCCAAGCAGAGUAUGCAAGAUCCCAAGCAGAGUAUGCAAGGAGAUCCCAUGCAGAAUAUGCAAGAU